GGAGAUGGCUUUGCCAUGGCCAAUCACGAAGGCAAAUCCACCAUGCCAUUGCCAAAUACUAGUUUCCUUGACUUCAAAUACAACCUCUCAAAGACAAAGUACCUGAGGAAGCCAACCCUUCUGUUCUCACGGGACAGGCUGAACUCGGGGUCCAAACAUGUUUUCCAGCCAAACGUUGAUGAGAUGAAGCAGGUGUUUAACAAAUUUGAUUCCAAUAAAGAUGGGAAAAUUUCUCAGCAGGAGUACAAAGCCACCCUGAAAUCUCUAGGCAUGGGGAACAUGAUUCAUGAAGUGCCAAAUAUUUUCCGGGUGGUUGAUUUGGAUGAAGAUGGAUUUAUCAAUUUCCAAGAAUUUAUGGAUGCCCAGAACAAAGGUGAUGGGAUUAGGAGUGGGGAUAUCCAAAGUGCAUUUAGGACAUUUGAUAAGAAUGGCGAUGGGAAAAUAAGUGCACAAGAAGUUCUAGAAAUGCUAAUGAGCCUGGGAGAAAGGUGCACCCUUGAGGAUUGCAGGCGAAUGGUCAGAGCAGUGGACACUGAUGGAGAUGGCAUGGUUGAUAUGGACGAGUUCAUGGCCAUGAUGACUCACUCCCUCAAGCAUAUUUGAAUGCCUUUAGCCUUCGGUGUUGUAUCAUUAAGAUCACACUGUUAGAAUGAAUAAAUACUGAUUAAAAAUACUUUCUUUAGUUUCUUCCCAUUUCUUUUUUCAAAUUUUAUUGGCGACAAUACACGCAUUGGCACUGUUAAGGAUCU